AGCAUGGAAUCCACAGCCCGCGGCGAUGACAACAUAGAGUACCCUGCUUUCAUCUUUAGUAUAAAUGUGGCAGGAGCCUCCGGCGGAGACGAGUUCUGACAUCUGUUCUUCGCAAGUGAUUCGACUCUACAAUUGCUGCGAACAUGGUCCGGUUUACUAAAGCCGCCACAGGCUUGUCCCUCGCCUCUGUAGCCCUGUCUUCGCCUCUCCAGAGUCAAUUGUACGCUCGUCAGAAUGCGUCCACUCCCUGUGCGCAGGUGAGCGCAUCUGUCGCAGCGCAAGAAUCCGUUGCGACCCCAACUGUCGCUGCCGCACUCGCCUACGAAUGUAUCACCUCCGUACCGUUCAACCAGACUGCUGCUCUAGCUUUGGUCGAUGGUGUCGUGCCGUACUUCAAGUGGCAGAGCAAUACCGCAUUCUUGAAGGAUCCUCCCGAGGAGUAUGCCGAGAAGGUCCAGCCGGCCGUUGACAUAUGGGGCGAACUCGCGCGGAUCCGCACAAAGGUUGUAGGUGGACAGUACGAGAACGAGUUCGAGUUCGGGUUUGAACUCUACAUUCUCCUGCAGAGCACACAUGACGGUCAUUUCGUGUAUGUUCCCGACGUCGUUGGCACAGUCUUCAACUUCGCUCGUCCUGUGCCUCUUGUCUCUGUCUCUGCCGAUGGACAUGAACUUCCCAAAGCAUACGUAUAUGCAGACGUACUUGCUGAGUCAUUUGGAAAUUCCACCUUUACCUCCUCCCCAAUUAGCAAGAUCAACGGCGAGGAUGCUCAAGCUUUCCUAGAGAAUUGGGCUCAGUACGGCUCACUCCAAGAUCGUGAUGCAUUGUACAACAAUGUAUUCUACGAGCUCGCAACAGUCUCUCUUGGUCCUUCCGGAUCUGGUAUCGGAACAUUUGCUGGCAGUGGACGUGGGCGAUGGGUCUACCCUGGCGCAACGACUGAGCUCGAGUUCGAGAACGGCACCAGUGUGACUUACAACAACUACGCCAAGGUCCUCAUUCCUUUUGACGGGAUCACCGAUGGCGAAUCUCUUUACAAGACUUGGUUCACGGGCAACCAGCCGACGGCAGCGACACCCACACCCACACCCUCAUCGAACGCUACCUCAUCUGCUGUCUCAUCUGCGACAGCUUCUGCUACAGUCAAACCGAUUCCCGCUCCGGGCUACCCUCCACCGGUCGUCCGUGAGGCACACAACCUCAUUGGAGGCUAUUUUCUCGAGGAUGACUACGCGGACGUUGCUGUCCUCUCUGUACCAUCCUUCGUUGGAAUCAGUGCUCAAGAGGAGUUCCAGAACACAGCUGUCAAGUUCCUUGCUGCAGCGAAGGCUGCCGGCAAGAAGAAGCUCGUCGUGGAUGUUUCGGCGAACGGCGGCGGUACUAUUCUUCUCGGAUACGAUCUCUACAAGCUGCUAUUCCCCAACGACAUUGACCACGCCGCAUCCGACCGCUUCCGCGCCUUUGAGAGCACCGAUCUGCUUGGUCAGAAGUUUUCUGAGGCAGCCGAAGGACUCCCUCGUGUACUCGUUACGGAGGAGCAAAAUGAGACCUUGUAUGAGUUGAACGACGCUAUUGUCUCAUCAGUCUUCAACUACCAAAGUGACGUGGCUGAGGAUGGCACAAACUUCGUCAACUGGGCAGAUAAGUACGGACCUCUUGUUCAGCAGAAAGGCGACAACUUCACCGACCUCUUCCGCUGGAACCUGUCUGAUGUUCUGACACCUCUGAAUUCGGGAGGCGUCUACGUGCACGGAUAUGGUCCCUUGAGCAAUUACACACAGCAACCGUUCGCCGCCGAGGAUAUCGUAGUUGUUACGGAUGGUUACUGCGCGUCAACUUGCACAAUCUUCUCUGAGCUUAUGCGCCAGCGUGCUGGUGUCAAAUACAUCUCCCUUGGUGGCCGCCCCCGUGAGGGCAUAACUCAGGCCGUCGGUGGUGUCAAGGGAACGAACAACUUCCCAUGGACCUACAUCCAGGCGUUGGUUCAGUACACCUUGACCGACUUGUCUACCAGCGAAGAGGCGGCAAAGCUCAACGGCACCGAGCUUGGCGAGUACUGGAGCAAUGUUGUUUUCGAUCGUCUCGCCAUUGGCAGCUCGAUCAACGUCAACUUCCGCGAUGGUAUCCGCGAUGGAGACGAUACACAAACUCCUCUCCAGUUUGUCUACGAAGCCAGCGACUGCAGAAUUCUGUAUACAAAGCGGAUGACAGUUGAUGCCACGGCUAUUUGGAAGGCUGUAGCUGAUUCGGCCUGGGGUGGCAAGAGCCACUGCAUUGCCGGAGACCUCGGAGGCUACCGUACUGGCUCCAAACUGUCAAGAAGGGAAUUGACUGUUCAGGACAAAGUGCUUAGCAGGAGAAUGCACCAAUGGAGGCGGGAGCUCAGAGAGCAGGAUUACCCGCUUGACGUGUUCACUAAUCUGCGGGAGGCCAAGCUUGGUGGUGAUGGUAUAAUGUGGCCGUAAAGAGGCAGCGAGUCCGUUAGCUGUAAAUAGUUUCACGUUACCAACUCAAAUUGUAUCGAAACUUAAUUUUCCAGAGAGUGAUUCGACGGUUGUUGCCUUGGUCCCUGGCGAUCGCAACGCUGCCAGUGAG